UUGCGUUUCUCCAAAUUUCAAAUGUAUUCUUAUCAUGGAUGAAAAGAAAGUGCGAGUUGCCUCCUCCACUACUUAAUCGAUUUGAAAAACAAAAAAUGUCAAUUAAUGACGACGUUGUUAAUACAAGACAAAAAUCACUUGUAAUAAAGUUGGGUGACUGGACAAGAUGCAUGUCCACUGCUAAUCAAAUAUCUAAAUUGCAAAAUAAUGAAUUUACGCAGAAAGAUUUAUUUAUCGGUUUCAACGAAGAUGAAACUUUACAAACAACAGCAACUUCUGGUGGAAUUGUGAGAGCCGAAAAAUCAAUGUUAGAACAAGAUGAAAUCGAUCAAUGGAAAAAAUUAUAUUUCCAACAAAAACAUGAUA